GAGAUUCCUAGCGGCAGCCUGUAGUUUACCAGCGUGCGCUAGAGCUGGGCAGUCUAGCUUCGUUAUUCGUAUAAAAUUAUUAUUAUUUUACAUCUGACGGCAGAAAUCUAUGUUCAUAAUUUCGAAGAUUUAUGUAGGCAACCAUUAAGUCAUCUAACAUGUCUUCGUUUUUGUUUUGCCUUUUGGGACUUUUGUUGCUUAAUAGAAGACAGGGGCAGACUGUCGUGAAUUAACUUGAGCUAGCCAAAAUGGCUGGAAAUAGCCAGCAAGGAUACUAGUGAAUUAAAGUAUGAAUCAGGAAAAACAAUGUCCGCAGAACAGUGACUCCCAAAUCGUGAAACGCGUAACGCCUAAGUUAGCUGCCUAAUUUCAAUCGUUUGAUCGAUGAUGGAUUGGAUGUGUAGUAUAAUUGGAAUUAAUAUUCGAAUUUCUUACUUCGAAUGAUGAAUCUAUUAUGUUAUACAAAUUCAAAUGCCUUAACAGGAGUUGCCCAAUACGCAGUUUAAAAAUCCUCCAAACCACGACCUCAAAAUAAGAACAAAGGAACCCGAAACUCAAAGAAAGUGUUAAGGAAUUAAGAAAACAGCUUGAAGUCCUUUAUAACAGAAGGACUUGGAAACGCCGAAUUAAACAGCAAGUGCCAAGCAAAACGAGAAAAAAAAUGAAACGAAAUACUCUCACCAAUCACAAAUAAAAUCAAAUUCAACCUCUUUGUGAUUGGUCACCGGCAGAAUACCGGCCCGCUGAAACGGCGCAAUGGGCGGGGUUUGAAUUUUGAGUUUUACGGCGGUAGAUGAGUGUUUUUGUUUGAAGUGACGUUUUCGGUUUGGUUCGUAGCGGAGUAAAUGUGGUUAGUAUAAGGUGUACAGUUUGCCACAAAGAUACUAGUAAUUCGAGGGGACAUGUAUUAGUUUAAUUUAUUUUGGACCAUAGUAAUUACCAGCAACAUAAUGUCCUCUUCCACCACGUUGGUAAAUCCCCGAGGGCAGUUGGUGCGACAGAGGCUGGCAAGCGCCAAAGUCACCAAGACAAGCUCCUUGAUCUCAUCUAAGAUCAAGACUAAGAUCGCAAAUACCUCUUCCUUUUUUAAGGUAUCUCUUAAGACUAAUAACAAGGCUCUUGCCCUUGCCCUUGAGUCGCAGAAGGAGAAGAGCAGGCACCUCGAGACUGAGACUGUACGCCUGCGGAAAGAGGUGCAAAGCUUGUGCUUUGACCUUGCCCUCCGUCGGCACAAGCAGACUCAAUUGGUUGCAGUACUGAAGGACCUUCAAAGGAAUGCUUUAAACAGCUUGGCUGCUGCUGUAGACAUGCUGUCUCAUGAUGAUGUCUCUGAUCUACAGGAAGUUACAAAUGACCAAUUGCAGGCAGAUUGUGAAGAGACAAACACAAAGCAUGGGAACCCAGCAAGCAAACCUUUCUCAUCAGCUCAGAUUCAAUUUGCUGAAUGUUCAGUACAGCCUGCAAGAGUAAGACGGGUAACAAAUACAGAUAACGUAUGUCAACUCACAGCAGCACUCGGCAUAACCACACAAUCGGAGCCUAUUACUUUGAAAGGAAAUGUAUCUCAAGCAAACAUGGCAGGGACAGAACACUCAGCUCCCAUGACUCAAGCUGCCACUAGGUUACCCAUGGAGUUAAAAAAGUGGUCUAAGACCCCUUCAAACACUCCACAGAAGGUCCAAGAUAUUACUGAUAAUACUCUUAACAUGACCCCUGCAACCAAUCCAGUAAAUUAUGUUUCAGAAGAGCACAGUAGGGGAUUGUUAUCCAGCACAACAGAUGAGACUCCUCUGGAUCCCCCAUACCUAGAGCAGACAACAUUGGUCGAUAAAGAGAUGGAGAUCACCUUUAGUGACAAUGCUGAAAUAGAUGCUGUGGAGACCAAGCCCAAAAAGACCACAAAUCACUCUGUAGCCAAACCAAGAAGAAAGGAAAAGGUUCGGUUAGACAAAUCCUGCUCUCUUGGGAAGGAGAGGGUGCAGGUGAAGAACAGUUCAGCUGACAGAAAAGAUACCCUGAAAGCAGACUGCUCUGCUACUUUGGGAAAAAUUGAGGCACAGGAGCUGAUGGAUCCUGUAAGGCCUCUGCAGUUAUGUGAAGCCAUUGACAAGGCAAAGCAGCUGGAAGAGGAGUGCAGAGUGUCUGAAUCAGAUGUGGCACACAGGAAGACCCAUGUCACCUCUCGUAGAACCAAGCAUCAGAGGAACAGUCGUGAAGUCCAAAAAGAGCCAACUGUAGAUGAAUCCAUUGCAAAUAGACUACAGUUUAGUAGAAUUUCAGUCGCGUCUCAGAACCAUGAUGAUAACAAUGUCUUAUUUUCUCAAAUUGAAGAUGAUUAUUUUAGAGACCCUGAAGUUCAAAACUCUGUAUCUGGAAAUGUAGAAAUUCCCUGGGAUGUGCAGGAUGAUAAAAUGCCUUAUUUAAAAAGCAAACAGACUUUCACUGUCCGCACAUCUUAUUCUCCUGUGAAUAGACGAACCUAUAUAAUAGACAAUUGCGCAAUAGAUUGCCUUGAAACCAAAAGCAAGGACACAGUGUUCCCCCUGAGGAGGGAUGAUGAUUUAGCCUGUGAAGGAUACAAUCCAGAUAUGUCUCUUGUUCUUGAUGCUCCUGUUUCUUUUGGGGGAACUGUCUUAGCGACAGACGCCUCAGAAUCACUGCAGGAUCCUUUCCAAGAGAAUCCACACCUCCAGGCAGCUGGGGAUCUAGAGAACCCCGAUGACUUGAUCAUGAAGCAGAAACCUCCUUGGGAAUGUCCGAACACCUGCUCCUAUAUUGACACUAAAUCAAGGAACAAAAGUAAAGAGAACACAUUCAGAUUUAGGAAGAAAAACACCCAGAAAGAUAAGUUCUCUCUUCCAGUGAAUGAAAAUCUCACUAGCUGUGACCACAGAAAGAUGUCGAGGCAGUGUGAUGUAGAAAAUGUGGCUUCCUACCACCAGUUACAUCCUUCCAGUACUGCAAGAGGUUAUGAGGACGGGCAAGAAAAGAAAAAGGGCAACAAAAUACAAAAUGAAGUCAACAGAAAUACUUAUGUCAUCAACAACUCACAAGUGACAAGAAAGAACGCUGAGUAUGGAGGUACUUGUUCAGCCAAUGGCAUCACUCCUGUUCUGGGAGUCGCAGUGAAAUCUGAGGAAGACUCAGAGAUGCUAUGGGACACCUUAAAAUGGCAGACCAAGGGUGACAGACCUCACUGCAGUGCCAUUGCACCCUCAUCAGUUCCCUGUUCUGAACGGGUCUUAGCAGAAAAUCCAGCUGCUAGUCCUGUUUUGAAAUCAAGGUCUAGUGUGGCAGGUCACACUGAGUCAGCGACAAGAGUAGCAGAUAAAUCCCCAGUUGAAAAUGGGAAAGUUUUGAAGAAUAUAACUAAUACAAACUGGACAGUAGAAGAUGAAUGUCAUCCAAGAAGAAGGCGGGGGAGAACUGUGUCUUACAAGGAACCUCCCAUCAACAGCAAAAUGAGGCGUGGGGAUAAAUUUACUGAUACGCAGUUCUUGAGUUCUCCGAUAUAUAAAGGUAAAAAGAAGAAGAAGCAGCCUGUGAAGAAGGAAAGAGGUGAAGCUUCUCUGGUGGCUGGCCAUUGAUUUGAUUUGGGUAUUUUAUAUGAUAUUCUAGAGUAUAAUUUAUUCGAAUGAACUGUAAAGCAAUGCUUGUGCUUAUGAAGUUUUUGUAUUUUAAUUUCACUUUAAUAAAACUAUGUCAUUACAACAUCUAGCUGUGAUCGACAACCAGGAGAUAAUGACAAAAUAAACUACAUGCUGUUGGCACAAUCAAG